AUGAUCGCCAAGGGAGUCACCCCCGACCAUGGAUAUCAGGAUGCGGUCUUAUAUCUCGGAUUCGAAAAGGCCUACGAGCUUACCCAAGACGAGAAAUAUUUAGAUUGGUAUAUCGGGCAGAUAGCCGGUCCUGUUGUGCAAGAGAAUGGAACCAUUAAAGGCCUGAACACAUCUAAGUAUAUCCUUGACGAGUACAGAAUGGGACACAACUACCUUUUUCUCUACAACGAGACUGGAGAGAUGAAGUAUAGGACAGCAGCCAAUACAGUCAGGCACAUGCUGGACUCUUACCCUCGGACUCCCUCUGGCGGCUUCUGGCACCAGCAAUUCUUUCGAAACCAAAUGUGGCUAGACGGGAUCUAUAUGGCGGAUUCGUUUUAUGCUAGGUGGACACAUCUCUAUGACCGCGACAACACAACAGCUUGGGAUGACAUCCUUCUACAGUACGAGCUCAUUCAUGCAAACACAGUGAAUGAAUCCUCAGGUCUUCAUGUCCACGGAUGGGUCGAAGGCACAGCAUCUUGGGCUGAUCCAAAGACAGGCAGAUCUCCGAAUGUUUGGGGACGUGCCCUUGGUUGGUACUUCAUGGCUCUUGUGGAGGUCUUACAGUUCUUUCCCGUCGAUCAUUCCGGCUACGAAAAACUACUUGGCUACCUCAACUCCGUCGCCCUUGGAUUGAAGCAAUCCAGAGACCCAGAGUCAGGAAGCUGGUGGCAGGUAAUGAAUGAACCCUACCCUGAACGUGAGGGAAACUUUAUUGAAAGCAGCGGCUCUGCUAUGUUCACGUGGGGCCUGUUAAAGGCUGUCGACCUGGGAUAUCUCGACCGCGAUGACUAUCUUGAUACGGCAAGGGACGCAUUCCUCAGUCUUACUUACAAUUUUGUCGAAGAUGAAGAGAAUUGGUCAAUCGUGCUCAACAGUACUGUUGCCGAGUGUGGCCUGUCAAGUUCCAAUGUGACAUUCGAAUACUACGUCAGUAGACCAAAGCUUGAGAAUGGUCAAAAUGGUGUGGGACCGUUUAUGCUAGCUGCCUACGAGUGGGAGGCCUGGGCAAAGGAUGCUUAG